AUGACUGCGGGGCUUGUUCUUAAUUAUACGCACAUUGCUGCUCAUUUGAAAGAAUAUAUUGAUGGUGAUAAUGGUCUUGAUGCUUUUGAACUAGAAGACAUUAAAAAGAUCUUAAACGAAUCAAAAUUAAUUCCUAAUGACUUCCAUAAACUUCUUUCGCAACUAUCAUCCAAUUACAAUGCAAUAAAAAUAUAUAAAUGCUCUAGAAAUCUUACAAUUCCUAUCAAUAAUCUUAAAGAUUCGAUUUCGACACUAGAAUCUGUUCGAAAAUACAUGAAACUACGAUUACUUGAUGGCAUCAUUGAGAAUAUGAAUCAUGUAGAGAACGAAAUGUCUAAUUAUACAAAGACAAUUAAAGAUCUUCAAUCACAGUUACAAUCGAAACAAAACCAAUUACAAAACCAUGAAAAAGAAGUGUCUAAUUAUACAAAGACAAUUGAAGAUCUUCAAUCACAGUUACAAUCGAAACAAAACCAAUUACAAAACCAUGAAAAAGAAGUGUCUAAUUAUACAAAGACAAUUGAAGAUCUUCGAUCAGAGUUACAAUCGAAACAAAACCAAUUACAAAACCAUGAAAAAGAAGUGUCUAAUUAUACAAAGACAAUUGAAGAUCUUCGAUCAGAGUUACAAUCGAAACAAAACCAAUUACAAAACCAUGAAAAAGAAGUGUCUAAUUAUACAAAGACAAUUGAAGAUCUUCGAUCAGAGUUACAAUCGAAACAAAACCAAUUACAAAACUAUGAAAAAGACCAAGAAAAAGAAAAUAAUGAAUUUCCGAAAGAAUUUCUCACAAAAGUUGCUGAAUUAAAGAAUUCAAAUGAUUUAUAUGCCGUCCACAACUUCCUUAACCAACUAUCACUGCAAGGAGAGAAAAAACUGCUGUUAAAAGCAUGUGAUGAAAGUUUUAGGCAAUUUAGAGAUGAAAAUGGUAGAGAUGCUUUUUAUUUGGCAGCUAAAGACGGAAAUCGAAGGCUUGUUAAAUCUCUCGUUGAAUGUGGCUGGAACUUAGAAACAAAGACCAAUAAUGGUUGGACUCCGCUCAUUGGAGCAUCAUAUAAUAAUGCACUUGAUUCGGUUAAAUACCUUAUUAGUAUUGGAGCUGACAUAGAAGCAAAGAAUAAAGAUGGACAGACUCCACUCAUUGUUGCUUCAAUUUAUAACAGUGUUCCUGUAGUUAAAUAUCUUAUCUCAGCUGGAGCUAAUAAAGAAGCGAAGGAUAAUCUCGGAAAUACACCGCUCCUUGCGGCAGCAAUUAAAGAGAGAGAUAUUGUAAUUAAAUGUCUUGUCGAAGCUGGGGCUGAUAAACGUGCAAAGAAUAAUGAUGGAAAGACUGCCCGUUCCCUUGCAAAAAAUAGUCUUACGAGAGAUGUGUUAAAAUCUCUUGGAGUUAAAUAA